CUGGCUUACUAUUUGUCAAUAUUUCGUCAAGCUUAUUAACUGCUCAGGCCUCGAUUGAGUUGUCGUCAUUCAAGAUGGCGAAGGGGAAAGUCAUGUUUCAUGUCGCGAAACUGAUGUUGUUUUUGAGUGGAUGUGCUGUUGUGAAAUCUUUUAAUACAGUUGUAAUGACCAAUGAAUAUUGGAAUGAUUGUGGCAAGACCAUUAGUUAUUCUGAUGCUAACAGCGGUAUAAUCAAGGCCUACAGAGAGGACUACUAUACAGAAGACGUAUAUGAAUGUACAGUCACUUUAGAGGUUAUGUGGUAUGAACAAGUCCUACUUAAAUUUGAAACGUUUGAUGUUUAUUCGAUGGAUGAUGACUGUAGUGACCACAGCUUGAAAGUAUAUGAUGGAUCUAGCAUUUAUGAACAAAUGUUGACCCCUAUGAAUGGCUUGUGUACAACGAGUUAUUACUCCACAGAACUGCCACAAACUAUCUUGUCUUCAAGCUAUUCUUUAACAUUGGUUCUAAGUCGUAACUAUGCUGAGAAACCGGCUGAUUUUAAUAUUAUAUACUCUGCAGUUCAAACUGAUGCUGAUGAUUUUUGUUUCAAGUGUUUGGAUAAUGAUACUUGCUUGUCCUCUGAAGUGAAAUGUGAUGGCCUAAAUAACUGUCCUGAUGGAUCUGAUGAAUCUUAUGAAGAGGAUGGUGGAUGCAGUGAUAUUGCAGAUGUAUUUGUUAGUGCCGUGAAGCUAACACUUAUCAUAGUUGUGGUUGUAGUGGUGCUCAUUAUCUUGGUUUGUGUAAUCUUCAUUGUUGUCAUAGUUUGCUGCUGCUGUCGUGCAGGAAGGAGUACAACAACCACCCAUACAGGCACUACAGUUGUUGCUAAACCAGGAACUUACCCAACUCAGCAAAGUGCCUACCCAGUUGUACAAGGUACAAACCCACCCCAGCAAGGUGGCUACCCACCCCAGCAAGGUGGCUACCCACCCCAGCAAGGCGGCUACCCACCCCAGCAAGGCGGCUACCCACCCCAGCAAGGCGGCUACCCACCCCAGCAAGGCGGCUACCCACCCCAGCAAGGUGGCUACCCUCCUCAGCAGCCCCCACCAGCUUAUCCUCCACAAGGUGUAGCUUACAACCCCCAACAAGAUCAAGUUGAUAUGCCAGUUGAGCCACAGAAAGUUUAAAAACAAAUUACCCUGGUUCCUGACAAUUAUUUCUAUGUCGCUUUUAUUAUCACAGGACUUAAAUUAAAAUAUUUCUUGGAAAUCUUCUUGGCUACCCAUUUUAAAAGCUGGUAGUCCCAUGGUAAACUUGGGUAAUCAAUUGGGUUUAGGGUAGGUACUUGGAGCCAUACUGACAGAAAAGUGUGAAUAGAAAUGAAUACAUGUCAUGUGGUUCAAUUUGUGUAGGACUUCUGUUUAAAGACAAAUGCAUUUAUGGGAAUAAAAAGUUUCCAGUAACCUUGUUUUACGAAUUUUAGAUAAUGGUAGCCUGUUUUAUGUGGUUUUGAAAUAAAUUGGUUUUAAUGUUCAUAGAAUCCAUGUUGUGUUACACUAUAUCCCACUCCUUUAAUGCCUAGUUGCGAUGCUAGUUACUGUAGAAUACUUUAUUUUCGCUUGGAAUUUAUUUUCGCUGAAGGGAUGAUUCCGUGAAAAUAAAUCCAGCGAAUAUUCUUUUUUUCCUAUAUUUCACAUUAAUCUCAUCAAAAAUCAGUGAAAAUAAAUUCCAAGCAAAUCGCCCAAAAAGCCUUUUCAGCGAAAAUAAAGUAUUCCACAGUAUAUCUUAUACAUAUUGGUGUAAACAUCACUAGCAUUAUGGGAUGUUAUCAGUAAAUGCUGUAUGUAUGCAGGGAAUUUCUCUUACUCGCAUAACUUGACUUGUCUACAUUCUCGUUGACAGCAUUUUUAUUUAUUCAUUCAUUCAAUCAAUCAAAUAAGAUAUUACUAGCAGUGUGCCUAGGCUUUAAUGGAGUGGCAUAUAAAGUCAACAUAAAAGCAGUUUCUGUCAAAUAAACAAUCCCUCCAACCCAAAGACUAGAGAUUUCUCUGUUUUGAAAUGACAGUGCUGCUGCAAUCAUUUACACAUAGUCACAUAGUUUAGUUGUAUCAUUUAUUUGCACUUCUAUAAUAAUCUGAUGUGAUGCUCAAUGGAAUUUGAAAAACUGUAAAGAAACUAUACAAGAAAAAAAAUGUCAAACUUUGUUUUGCAGAAUUGCAAACCAGAUCAAUCUAAAUGAACUUUGUCUGUAAAUUUAGAAUUCAUUUGCUGUCUAGUGCAUCACAAUCUUAAAUGAAAUUGUGAGUAGAACUGUAAAAAUAGACGGUAUACUAUAGAUUGAAUAAUACUUGCUUACUUUUAAUGAACUUUCUGCAUGUGCAUGUUUAGGAAUGUAUUACUGCUAUGAUACAGAUUUUUCAGAGGUUACCGGUAGUUUCUAAAGCUGCAAUGUAAUGGUAUAUGUGGUCAUUUGAGAUUUUAACUGUCUUGUACAUAGUCAUCAGCUGUUGUGGUAUUUAUGACUGCUAUGUAUAUGCAAUCAUUGGAUGCCUAGAGGUGGCUUUAAGCUACAAGUAUGCAUAUUUGAUUAGUGAUGUAAAAUCUGUAUUAGAAGCCGCAUCCCUAAUAAGUCGCACACAUUCUUUUUGAACAAUUGAGAACCAAAAAUUCAUCAUUUCUCAUAUGUGUAGUUGCUCUAAUAGAAGCCGCAUCCCUUCUGUUUCAUUGUACCAUUUUAACAGAAGCUGCGGCUUCUAAUACAAAUUUUACAGUAGCUACAGGGGUAAUACUGUUACAAUAUACAUGUGGCAAACACUAUUUACAGUAAAGUUUCAUUUUAUUGAACAACUUUCAGUGUAUGAUAUGAUACUCAUUGCAUUAUUACUAUAAAUGGGUAUUUCUAUUGUGGGUAUGUACCGGUAUUUCUAUUGUGGGUAUGUACCGGUAUUUCUAUUGUGGGUAUGUACCGGUAUUUCUAUUGUGGGUAUGUACCGGUAUUUCUAUUGUGGGUAUGUACCGGUAUUUCUAUUGUGGGUAUGUACCGGUAUUUCUAUUGUGGGUAUGUACCGGUAUUUCUAUUGUGGGUAUGUACCGGUAUUUCUAUUGUGGGUAUGUACCGGUAUUUCUAUUGUGGGUAUGUACCGGUAUUUCUAUUGUGGGUAUGUACCGGUAUUUCUAUUGUGGGUAUGUACCGGUAUUUCUAUUGUGGGUAUGUACCGGUAUUUCUAUUGUGGGUAUGUACCGGUAUUUCUAUUGUGGGUAUGUACCGGUAUUUCUAUUGUGGGUAUGUACCGGUAUUUCUAUUGUGGGUAUGUACCGGUAUUUCUAUUGUGGGUAUGUACCGGUAUUUCUAUUGUGGGUAUGUACCGGUAUUUCUAUUGUGGGUAUGUACCGGUAUUUCUAUUGUGGGUAUGUACCGGUAUUUCUAUUGUGGGUAUGUACCGGUAUUUCUAUUGUGGGUAUGUACCGGUAUUUCUAUUGUGGGUAUGUACCGGUAUUUCUAUUGUGGGUAUGUACCGGUAUUUCUAUUGUGGGUAUGUACCGGUAUUUCUAUUGUGGGUAUGUACCGGUAUUUCUAUUGUGGGUAUGUACCGGUAUUUCUAUUGUGGGUAUGUACCGGUAUUUCUAUUGUGGGUAUGUAUUUUUAUUCAAAAAAAAUGUACAUUAUGUAUAUAUCAGCCAUGCCAUUAUUUGCUCUAAACCACUAUCAGAAUUUUUUAUUUUCAGGUUUUUAUAACGUAGCUUAAUAAUAUCACACAAUAAUGUAAACCUCUAUUCGCAAGUGAAUUUAUUUUAACAAAAAGCUCUCAAAUUUUGUUGAAUUCUGUGGUGGUAAGUUUUAAUAAUAACUAAUCCCUCAGUAUUGUAUUGGAUUCAGAGAAAGUUCCAGACACUGUGUUUGCUAUAUGUAUUGCGCUGUUGGUGAUUCAUCAUUUAAGUAUUAAAGGGAUUGUGAUUGCAUAAAUACCCUGUUAAAAAGUUGUACAUGGAUUUCCACCAAAACAUGAAGUUUUAGCAAUAUUUUUCAGUAUACACUAUGCAACACAUGUUCACCAUAUUUUACAUUAAAAACCUUUUUAAUUUGAAUGUGAUAGUAAGCUGUACUUGUCUGUCAUGCAAAGUUGCUUGUUUUAAAAUUUUGUUUUUAUUCAUAGAUGUUGCAAAAUAAAAUUGUUUUAUG